AUGGCUCUCUCACUCUUGAUCGCAAUAAUCGUAUCGAUUUUGGCAUGGUCCCAUUUCCGCAGCCGCCGCCAGAACCUUCCCCCGGGGCCAUACCCGUUUCCUAUCAUCGGAAACAUCCUCCAGCUAGGGUGGAACCCCCACAAGUCCCUCGCCGACCUCUCCAAAACCUACAGCCCCCUGAUGUCUCUCAAGCUCGGUAGCAUCAACACCGUCGUCGUAUCAUCCCCGGAUUCCGCCAGACUGGUGCUGCAAGAGCACGACCAAGCCUUCUCCAGCCGCACCAUCCCCGCCGCGGCCGAAGCCCACGGCUUCGACAAGAUUUCAAUCGGGCUCAUACCGGUGGGUGAGAGGUGGAGAAAACUAAGGAAGUUGUGCAAAGAGCGGAUGUUCUCGGCGCGGCGCCUCAACGGCGGCGCGGGAGUGCAGCGCGAGCGGGCGGGCCAUGGACUUGGGGCAGGCGGCGUUUGUGACGACGUUUAA